CAAUGGCCCCCAAAACCAAAUCCCGCUUAGUAGACCAGCCUCCUUCUGCAUCGUCCUCUGAAGAACAAGAAGAGGUGGAGGAAUCCCAGGAAGAAGAAGAACAGCAUUCGGGGGAAGAAACUGAAGAGGAUGAAGAACCUACGAUAGUCCCUCCAGUUGUGAAGAGACCCAUCACUAAGAAACCAGUCCAAACCUCUCAGAAACCCCAAUUUUCUUCUGAGUCUGGCAGCGAGAAUGGGUCAGGUUCUGAAUUGGAAGCGAAAUCGGGUCAUUCCCCGCCUUCCCCUUCUGUAUCAGAUUUCACCAUUAAGCCGAUUGUUUCUGCCAAAGCUUCUUCCCCAUCGAAACCAGCAGGAAAGAGGCCGCAAGAGGCCCAGAAAGAGAAAGGGAGGAAGAAGCCCAAAACUGCAGAAGAAGAGGAUAAAAAAUCAGCUGCUACUCCUCGCAGUCUAUGGAAUGAUGACGACCAGCUUGCUCUGCUCAAAGGUGUUGCUGAAUACAAGACGGUAAAAUGUAUGGAACCUAAUGCGGAUAUGUCAGCUUUUCAUGAAUUCAUUAGAGGGAAGUUGCUGGUUGAGGUUUCAAAGAGUCAACUCAGUGAAAAGCUAAAGAGGUUAAAGAAGAAAUUUUUUACUAAUGCGAAAGGUGGUGAGGAACCAGUUUUCAUGAAGGGUCAGGAUUUUUUAGUUUUUGAGCAUUCAAAGAGAAUUUGGGGUGCCCCUGAAACUAGUGAUGGAGUUAAGGAAAUUGUUACCAAUAGCACUAAUGGCAAAGCUAAAAAGACUGUUGAGGCUAAGAAGAGUUCUGAACCUAAGAGAAGUUCUAAAGUUAGCAAACCCAAGGAUGAUGAGAAACAUACGGAAGAAGAGAAUCAGGUUGCUGUAAAAGAGGUGAUUAAGGAGGAUAUAGUUAAGGGUGAUCCACAGGAUUUCCAGUCCGAAUAUCCACGUUUGGCUGCAUCAUUUGAAAGUAUGUCUGGCAUGUUUACAAUGUACCCGAAUGGAACAAGUUUUUUGAAGGAGAAGAUGAGUUUGAUUGCUCCUGACAAGGCUAAACUGCUGGAGGAGAAGUGGAAGAAACUGGAGGAUGAUGAAGCUGCCUUGAUGGUGAAGCGUUUAGAUUUGAUUGCGGAGCAUUACGGAUUGGUGGUUGAUGCAAUGAGAGGUAACUAGAUGCUGAUGGAUCAUGUUUCUAUUCGAUGCUACAAGUUGUGAUACUGUUUUGGUGGAGUUUUGG